UAGUUUUCAAUAUAUUCAAGAUGGAGCGUACUUAUAUUAUGAUUAAGCCUGAUGGUGUUGAACGUGGUCUUGUUGGUGAGAUUAUCAAACGUUUCGAACAACGUGGUUAUCAAUUGACUGCCCUUGAGCUUAUCCAUCCUACUCGUGAGCUCCUCGAAGAACAUUAUUGUGAUUUGAAGUCUAAGCCUUUCUUCCCUUCAUUGCUUGAAUAUAUGACAUCCGGCCCUGUUGUUGGUAUGGUUUGGACUGGUAAGGAUGCUGUUAAGACAGGUCGUAAAAUGUUGGGUGAAACUAACCCUUUGGCUUCUUCCCCUGGUACUAUUCGUGGUGACUUCUGUAUUGAAGUUGGUCGUAACAUUUGCCAUGGUUCUGAUUCUGUUGAAAAUGCUGAAAAGGAAAUUGCUUUAUGGUUUCCUCGUGGUGUUAAGACUGUUGCUCGUAAUCAUUCUAUUCAUUCUUUGAUCUACGAAAACUAAAUUAAAUCAUACAUGUUUAUACUUCUACAAUACCAUUUAGAAUAAAUUAUACAUAAAUCAAAAAUAGUUUUAUUUUAUAUUCUCAUACCUUUUCUUUUCAGCCUUUUAAAUAUAAUCUUUUGUCCAUUGACGCUAACUUUACAGCUACUAGGAAAUAAUAACCAGUUUGUGACAAGUGUACAAUUUAUGCAAUAACGAGAAUACAUUAAAGUAAAUAACUGUUUUAAGAAUGAAGUAAUGUAAGUUAACUUUAACACAGUUAAAAGGAAUAAAUAAAAACCAAAAGAUAAAAGUA